UCUCCAAACUAUAUUGCUGCACUUGUGUGAACACACUCUUCCCGUAGUGAUAAAUAGUAAGUAGUGUUGUCUUGUCAAGAACGAAUAAAAUAAAUACAUUUCCAGUUCGACUGCGCAUUUGGAGCGCAGAUGGGGUCCUCUCGAACAGACAUGCGCACUGCCUCAUGGGGUGGAAAAAAAACAAAAAAACCAGUAACUUGGCGGUUUGCUUGAAUUAACAAACACACCAUGUAGACGUCAAAAGCGAGCGAACAGACGGAUAAAUUAGUCAAACUUGGAUGUCUGAAGUAAGCUGUUGUUUUUUUUUUUUUAAAAUUUAUGUUUCUUUAAAAUAUGCGCUGUAGGCGUCGGGGAACAGCAUGAAUGACGGGAGGAAGAACUGCAGCUCGACGCCGGAGGAAAACCGUGAUCAGACCGAGCUCCUGAGAAUAACACAGAACAAAAAAAUAAAAACAAACAGACUGAAGAGGAGCCCGAAAACAAACCAGACCCAGAAAUCAGACGUUACUGACUUUAAAGCUGAAGCAGAUUUCAAAACACCGACCCGUGUACCGAAGGUCGGUUUCAGGAGCUUUGUUACUGACGAAUCCCCAAACAACGAUUCUGAAUAUCAGCAUGAAAUCAUCUGGGAUCCAACAUCACCCGCGACUCCUAUCAGGACUGGACGGGGCCGGAGGCGGACUGCUGUUUUCAAAUCAGUGGACAUAUCAGACAUCGUCAACAGGAUAGCGCCAAAGAACAAGAGGCCGGAGGAGGCGGAGUCGUCUUUGCUGCAGUGGAUUGGGGACACGGCCGUUCCGUGCACUCCAGAAAUCCGAGAGCCCAGGACCAAGCCCAAACCAGCGAGACAAAACCCUGUGGAUGACCUGCUGAAGUUAGCGAAGCAGUUCGACUUCAACAUGAUCCAACAGGAAGAAGUUCAUCUCCGACCAAACCGUCAGAGCUCUGCGGAAGACAUGCAUGAAAAGCAAGAUCUGUUUUUCGAUGAGAAUGACCCACUAGCUUCGCCACAGACUCGCUCUGAAGCUGAGAGACCACCACUGGGUUUGGAGGACACCACAACGAACGGCGAUGGUCCUGUGGACGAUCUAGGUCUUAUACAGGAAAUGGAAGACGAUCUGGAUUUGCUCUUCGAGGGUUCGACGCAGCAGGUCAGUGGUGGCCUGAGCGGUCUCAGCGCUCGUUCUCAGGACGUGGGUAAAUUCGCUCCCCAGUUUGGAGUGGAUCUUGCCCCUAGAGUGAAAGCUGACUCGUUAAACGUGUGUGGUGUCACUCUGGUGGGCGGAGCUUCUGAGUCGAGCACCGUUGGCGUGUUCAUGGCCGCACCAAUCCUCAGCACGAUCAAGCAGGUGGGAGUAGUUGAUGAUUUCGAUGACGACUGGAACGACGACGAUUUGCUGGACAACUCGCUGGUGAUGGAGAUGACCCAAAACCCGGAGCUGUUCUCCGCACCCCAGCAUAGCUCGACACAGAAACAGACGAACAAAAACGAUGGCUUGGCAAACACUGUUUACCGCCAGAACAGUGAUAAAGAAUCGAAGUCUGAAGAAGCGCAAAGGUUGAAUCAGAGACUCGAGAGCUUUCAGCAUGGCCAACAUUGGAGCAAGGCUACAGGAAAUGAGAAUGCUAGGCAAAGUGGAUUUCAUGCAAAAACCAAUCCAGAAAAGCAGGUUUUUCCUUCCAGCAAAGUUCCAUCAAUUGUUCCUGGUACCCAUAGUGUAUCUAAAACUAAUUCUCAACCCAAGAAAACAAUGGAAAUCAAACAACCAUUAGCAGCCACCAUGUGGAAGGUUCAAUCUGCGACUACACCCUCAUUAGUUUCCAGAUCGGACCAAUCUAGAUCUGUUCCUGCAGUCACGAUAUCAACCACUCCCACUUUCAGGAUCAGUAAGGUCACUGAGGAGAAGGAAAACCGCCCAACCAUGGAAGACGAUGACCUCGCAGCCGAUGACCUGGACUCCAUCUUUGCAUCGGACGACAUCUGGGACGACGGUGCAGACGACGAUGACCUGUUCUGCGAAGCAUGCGAGAAGGUGGAAGAAUCCAUGGCUGACCCAGAACCUCCCCCGGAAGCGUCCGUAUCAAAACCGACACCACAGAGCAGUCGUGUGCAGAGUAUUCAGAACGCCAAGGGUAAACGCGAGCGCGUGUUUGUGCGGCCAUCUCCAUCUCACGCUCAAGUGUAUGACCGUAGCGCUACUGGGAACCGAGCGCCAUUGAGUACCAAAGUUCUUCCUGGAGCACGUCAUAAUACCACUUCUGCACCGGACAACAGCAUGAAGAAGUCGUCUGAUAGAAUGUACAAAUUUAGCCACGUUAAAAGCGCUACAGGAACAGGAAGUGCUGCCUAUAAUGCAGCAAGACAGGUUAGUGAGAGCGCCAUGGCAACCACCGUCCAAUCAUAUCAAAGCAUUCAAGGUGACCGUCAGUUCAGAAAGCCUUAUAGCACCUUUAAGGAAGCACCGGCUGUUUCCAAAGAAGUGAGUAAAUCGGUGGUGACGAGAUGCAGCGACGCUGAGAUCGAGAGGAAGAAGCAGCAGGCCGUGGAGAGGCGGAGACUCCGAAUGCAGGCCAAUCAGAACCUUCGAGCUCCUGUAUGAUGUCACGUAACCACUAGGACGCACGAAACUGACCCGGUGAUGGUGGAAGGUCUAAACCGUCCAACACGCUGAACACUAAUUUGCCCUGUUCGGGGAUGACCGAGUGGACUGGAUCUUCUCACGGUCAGUUUUUCAGAACAGAAUCUCUAACAGCUGAGUCUCAGCAGGGGCUCGUCCGCUGAACGUGUUCCGCUCCGGACCUCAGAAAUCCACACUGUAGCUACAGGAAAUCGGGGGACGUUUGGAAAUUUUCGCAGCACACCUGUCGCUCUGGCACUUUUGAAUGGUUGUAGUGUUCGUAUGAAAAUGUUCCUCACUGUCUCCAAGUCUUGAUCGUCUUUCAGCUUUAUUCAUCACGAAACUGGUCCUAAAUUCUUUCUAAUUUUUUACGUCUCGUAGAAAUGUGUGUUAUUUUCGUUGUACAGAAGAAAGAGAGAUCCAAACCUCCAAAUUCUCUCGUAGUGAAGUGAAUAUUUUAAUAAUAUUGUUUUAUGUCCGUUCUAUUAAAAUUAUCAGCAAAAACCUGUCUCCCAGGUACAGCACUUAUUAAUUAAACACCUAAAUUGCAGUUAUAGUGUGUAGAAUGAGAUGAUCUCCACCGAGACUGACAGACGCAGAGGCCACGCCUCCUCCACCGAGACUGACGGACGCAGAGGCCACGUCCUUUCACCUGUACUGACGCAGAGGCCACGCCUACUUUAUUUCUUCAUUUCACACAAUCCAAAACGUUUUCAGGUGUUGUAACUCAGUUUGGAGUGACGUGACCAGAGCAGAGGUAGCUUCAGGUGAGAUACAGCGCCUCUCUCACUACUGCGCUCACUGACACCUGUGUGACUGCAGCACACCUGAAAGAUGACUCCUGUUGUUAUCAGGCUGCGGGGAGGUAACUGUAGACAGCACUGUGUUUAAAAAAAAAAAAAAAAACAACAAAAAAAAAACCACCCCUGUGGCCAUGACAUGUCGUCAUUUCAUCUGUCCGAAUGGCAGUGUUGGUAACACUGCGCCUCUACUGCUGUGUGUGUGUGUGUGUACACUAAAUAGUGUUCAGUAUUAAUAUGCUGUAUGUGGGAAUAAAAACCGGGCGUGGCUUCUGGAGUCCCAAUGCUUUGUUAGUAAAAAGGUUCUGUACCUCCGUUCCUGAAGGUGUAUUGUAGUUAUACACUCAAAAGUACAACAGUACUUCCUAAGGGCCACUUAUGUGUAGGUUUUAAGGAUCAAAAGAUUCACUUUUCCCAAUAACGGCGGGUACAAAACCAUCGACACCACCCCCUCGCCCCUUGACAACUUUUGUACUGUAUUUUACAAAACCGUGGACAAAUACUGCAGUACAGAGCUGAGAUUUUCAAACCCAAGGCUGCACUAUUACACUGUUUAGUGUUUUUAGUUUUAGGGUUUCUCUAGUUCUGCUUUUAUAUAUAAAAUGAAUCGGUGUGCUAGUUCGUGGCAAAGAAAUGAAUUUCCUUUUAAACUUGUAGUUGGUGUAUUUUUUGGUGGUUCUCU